GAUCAUUCCUCACGCAGACGCAUUAGUUUACCGGAUGUAGGAAGUUCGAUCGUCUUAUUUACUAAACAUCUCUAGAAUCUAGAUCUAGAUCUAGCUAGAUUCUAUCUCUAGUGACUCUAGUUUCAGUGUCACAGACACAGUACUCACUACUUAGCCUUUGGGCAGCUUGGGAUGUCUUGCUAAACUUUACCUAAGCCUAAACUAGCCAAAGCAGUAAAGAAAGAUGACCUCACCAAAGAAAAUUACAGCUGCUAAAACUGAAGGAACCAAGAAGUCUCUGGUACAAAAUGCUGUAUGUGUAGCAGAAAAGAAUUUGAGGAACAGCCCUGUCUUCAUCAGUUUAAUCAUCUUUACAGCUCUGCUUUUUUUUGCCGUUCUUUUCUUCAAUCUUCUAGCUGGAGAUCCAUCUCUAAGUAAAGGUUUAUUCAUCCAUGGAAUCGCUAAUAUCUCUAACCAGUUUCCUUUAAACAUCACACCAGCAGGAUGGGCUUUUUCAAUCUGGGGUUUGAUUUAUUUGAACCAAUUUGCUUGGGUUCUCUACAACCUUGCAUUGAUUUGCCGUUCCACACCCAACGGACCUGCCUAUCUCAACCCCAUAAUACUCUCCCCAGCUUUUCUUAUUUUUUUUAGCAUAAGCUCUGCUUUCAAUAUAGGCUGGCUGUUUUUGUGGGACAGGAUCCUGUUCAUGGCCUCUUUUGUUUUCUCUGCUUGCAUUGCUCUCUCCUUAUUUUUGACUCUGGCUAUAGCCUCUGUUAGACUUGUCAUGUUCAAGGAUAAUCUGGUUGACCAGGGAAGAAAAAAUGAGGUCACUUUCCUUCAAAUUGCUGUUGUAAAUGGUAUCGGCAUGUAUGCUACCUGGGCUUCCAUCGCAACCUUAAUUAACCUGGCUGUAGUUCUGGUCUACAAGUGGAGCCACCCCAUCUUGAAUGAGAAUGCUUCGGUGAUUAGCUUGGGGAUUCUUACAUUCCUGAUCAUUGUCUACAUAGGCCUAGAUAUGACAGUGCUUGACCAAUACACUCGUUACACUUACUCCCCCUAUGUCACUGUUGUCUGGGCCCUGUCUGCCAUUAUUGCCAAAAACUAUGACCAGUCGAAUAUUUCAUCCAUCAUGGCGGUUGUGCUGCUGGGAUCUGUGAGCCUUGCAGGUUUGAUUAAAGUAGCGUUGACAUGCUACCGCAGUAGAAGGAUCAAUUAUCAAUACAGACAAAUGAGACGAGGACGACCAGCUAAUACUGACAACUAAAAAUUCUGAUGUGAAUGUUCAAGCUAGAUUGGACAGAUUAAACCAAAAAAAAAAAUGAUCUGUUUAUUUUUAUUUUUUCUGCUAAGUGACAUAAUUUAUAUUUAAACUGAAUCUUUUUUUCUUUUGGCUAGUUUUAUCUUAAAAUAUACCGUAAUGUAAUUUUUUUUUAAAUGUGGAAAUAGAAUUUUUAUUAAAGUUUAGUAAUUGAAAAGGGGAAAAAAUGACUUAAUUGUCCACAUCAAUAUAACAGCAAAAUGUUUUAUAGUAUAUCAAAUUUCUGUAGUUGUCAUCAAAUAUUUUAUCUUGUUGAAUAUUAUUUAUAAUAAAUGCUACUGAAAAUUAUCUCAGGAAGCUGAAGACUUUUUACCAUUUUUAAAGAAAGUUUUCUAUUAAUAAAAAUGACACAAAUUGAACACCUUAUGAACUAUCCUGACAUACAAUUACUCAUUGAAAUAGGAGGAACAUAACAACACUGAGCAUGCCCAUUUGAUGUCGGCACUUUUUGUUUUGGCUUCCAUUAUUAAUACCAAAGCUAACAUCUAGAAAGCUUUCUUGUAGAUUUUUUGUUGAAAGUGUUAUAUUUUUCUCAUAGCCAGAUUUGUUUAAUUAGAUCUAAUAUUUCAUGUUUGUUUAUUGUCCAUUUGCAUUCAUUUUCAUAGAGAAGCAAAACUUGCAUUCACACAAAUUGGGUUCUUAUUGUUGUUAUAUAAUGUAAAUAUGUUAUUAUUUUUUGUGUGAUUGAAUAAAACCAUAAUUUGUAAGAAUGUUUCCUUAGCUGUCUGUUCUAUGAUUCUUCUUUGCUCAACUGUGGCAACAGAACUGAUGGAUUUGUACUUAUCUGUGUACUUUUUGUAAUUCUUGUAGUUUUGAAUAUAUAUUGUAAGUACUGGUACCUUUUAUAAUCAAUGGCUGAACAAGACAAUUAUUUUAUUCUUAAAUAUUUUGUUUAAUUUGUGAAUGUUAGAACUUUUUAUUUUUAUGGGGGUGGGGGGAUGCUUUCAUUUGUUUCCUGAAAAUAAAAGUUUUGUUCCUAAUUGAUUUACUAUUGUUGCUAAUAAUUAAUUAUACUGUUUUAACAUGCAGCUAAAAGAUAAGUGUUAAUGAUUAGGCCAGUGUUGAUAUACACUUUCAUGAAGUAGCUAGCUUUGAAGCUGUUGUAAUGUUCAAUGUGCUAAGAAAUUAAAGUUUUUUUUUUACUUUGAAAA